AUGAAAUACCCAAAUAAAAACGAAUUUAUCGUUUUCGAAUCGGAAAAAUAUAAUUGCGACGGAAAAAUUACGGUUUUAAUAAAAUCAAAAAUUUAUAAGCCAAGCGAUAUCGAAAAUAUAUUUAAUAUAUUAUAUAAAAAAAAGGUGCAAAAGGUAUAA